UAUAUAGCGAGCCCUACCUACUCCACAAAAAGAGUCCUCUCCUCUCCUCUCCUCUCCCUUGCCACCACCAAACUGCAAUUAAUUGUUUGUUUCGCAAAACAAGCAUCCUCGCCUCGGCGUCCCAGAUCUCUGCUGCUGGGCUGGGCUGCCUGCCUGACAAGAGAGGCAGCAGCCAUGGCGUUCGACGCCUUCACCGACAAGAACGCCGUCUUCCGCCGCCUCAAGGCCAAGCCCGAGAACAAGAUGUGCUUCGACUGCAGCGCCAAGAACCCCACCUGGGCCUCCGUCACCUACGGCAUCUUCCUCUGCCUCGACUGCUCCGCCGUCCACCGCAGCCUCGGCGUCCACAUCACCUUCGUCAGGUCAACAAACCUAGAUUCAUGGACUCCAGAUCAACUGAAGAUGAUGGCUUUUGGAGGCAACAAUCGUGCCCAUGCUUUCUUUAAACAGCACGGGUGGACAGAUGGUGGCAAGGUCGACGCAAAGUACACGUCAAGGGCUGCUGAGCUGUACAGGCAGAUACUGCAAAAGGAAGUUGCCAAGAGUUCUGCUGAUAACGUCUUGCCAUCGUCGCCAGUUGCAGCGUCUCAACCACAAAAUCCAUCCGAUGACUUCCCUGAGUUCAAGCUACCAGAGGCACCAGCAGAGAAUACCAAUGGGAAGCAGGAACCUGAUGUCACCAAUUCGCAAAAAGCACCUACGCAGACACCAAAAGCCCCUACUCAUCCCACUUUUGCCACUUCUGUAAAGAAGUCCAUUGGUGCGAAGAAGAUUGGAGGCAAGACUGGAGGGCUUGGUGUUAAAAAGCUCACCACAAAGCCAAGUGAAAGCCUGUAUGAUCAGAAACCUGAAGAGCCAAAACCUGCUGCCCCAGUAAUGACUACUUCCACCACAAAAAGUGGCCCGUCCUUGCAUUCACGUUUUGAAUAUGUGGAGAAUGAGCCAGCAGUUGAUUCAAGAAAUGGAGGAACUCAAAUGACUGGCCACGUAGCACCACCAAAAUCAUCAAACUUCUUUCAAGAGUACGGAAUGGAUAAUGGGUUCCAAAAGAAAACAAGCACAGCUGCCACAAAGACCCAGAUUCAGGAGACUGACGAAGCAAGGAAAAAAUUCUCUAAUGCAAAGGCAAUUUCAUCAUCUCAGUUUUUUGGCAAUCAAAGCAGAGAAGAGAAAGACGCUCAAAUGUCCCUUCAAAAGUUUGCGGGUUCUUCGUCCAUUUCAAGUGCUGAUCUUUUUGGCCGCCGCGACAUGGAUGACUCGAAUCUGGAUUUAAGUGCUGCGGAUCUCAUCAACAGAAUAUCAUUCCAGGCAUCUCAAGAUCUGUCUUCCCUCAAGAAUAUGGCUGGAGAAACUGGAAAGAAGCUGACAUCUAUAGCCUCCAAUUUUAUCAGCGACCUCGACAGAAUCCUUUGAGUGGUUGAUGGGGCGAGAUCAUUAGCAUUUUUUGUUUUGGCAAACCUGCACAGAAUACCGUAUUGAGUUUAAAAUGUGGUGCAGCUCAGAGAAGCAUUUGUUGCACAGCUAUGUAGAUGAAAGUAGAGGAUUGGCAAUUAUGCGUCUGUAUUCUUUUUUCCUUUUUUACUAUUGUUGGAACCCUGUCCGCAUGAAGAUAUUUUUAUUCGUUUCUUGACAAGAUUGAAACAUACGAUGGUAUUCAUUCCAGUUAGUGGUAUAGCUGGGAAGAAAAGGUAUACUUUGAUGUGCCUGUGCUAAAUGGAACCAGUCAUGUUAUUUCUUAUUUCUCA